AGUCAUCAAUAGCUGAUACCUAAAAAAUAAAAGCCAAUCAAACAGUUAUAAUAAAAACUAAUUUACUAAAAAAGUCAUUCAAAUUUAAAUAUACUAUAAUAUUACUAUAUAAAUAAAUAACAGUUUCAUUAACUUUUAAUUAUUAUUWUUUUUUUAAUAUAAAAGUCAUUCAACGAUUUAUUAUUGAUAUUUAAUUGUGAUAUAAUAAUUUGUUAAUAUAAAAUAUUAAAGUUAUUUUUCUAAUCAUUAUAAUUGUGUUCGCAAAAAAAAUAAUUAUAAAUUUUAAUUAUAUAAAAAAUAUUAUAAUAAUAAUAAUAAUGUCUUUCUCGACUAAAUUUGAUGGAAAAGUUUGUUUAGUUACCGGCUCGAGCUCUGGUAUCGGUGAAGAGACUGCCAUACAUUUGGCCCAAUUGGGCGCCAAUGUUGUGGUGACCGGUCGUGACGAACAACGUAUUAAAUUAGUGGCCGAAAAGUGCCGCAAAAUAUCGGGCAAAAAAGUGGUGUCAGUGGCGGCCGAUCUGCUAAACGACAGGGAUGUAGAAAAACUGUUCGAUACAACCAUUCAAGUGUUCGGUCGACUCGAUGUUCUGGUCAAUAAUGCCGGUGUUGGGGACCUGUCAUAUAUGAGUGAUCCAAAUAUUAUGGAAAUGUAUACAAAAAUUAUGGACACAAAUCUCAGGUGUGUUGUAAUGCUAUCGCAUCUGGCGAUGCCUUUCUUGGAGAAGACCAAGGGUUGCAUUAUUAACAUAUCGAGUAUUGCAUCAAUGAAACCGAGCCCGAAAACUACUUGUUAUUGUAUGUCAAAGGCAGCACUUGAUAUGUUAACAAAAUGUAUGUCAUUAGAGUUGGCACCCAAAGGUGUUCGCGUUAAUAGCAUUAAUCCGGCAGUCACUGAUACACCACUACUCGAGCGAAAGUACGGCCAUAUAAUGCCAAUGGAAAAAGUUAAGGAAAUCCGUAGCAAACAGUAUCCAAUCGGUCGCAUAGCACAGCCAUACGAUAUUGCCUGCGCUGUUGAAUACUUGGCCUCAGAGGAGGCAUCGUUUAUAACUGGUAUCAAUUUGCUUAUGGAUGGCGGAGCUCUGUUUGGAUCCACACAACAACAAUGAAAAUUGUUUAAAUUGUUUCAAAUUAUAGUUCACAUCAAUGGAUGUCUUUUUCUCUCUCUAUUUCUUCCUCUAGUUUUUUCAGUCUCUAACUCAUGACAAACAACUGUUCCCUAAUUUAUAAUCAUAUAAAUACUUACUUAUUAUGAAUUAAUUAUUUUUAUCAUUUUUAUUAUAAAUAUUAUAUACUAUUGAUACUCAUUAGCAAACCAUAUGAUAUAAAGAG